AUGCGCCCAGCGUCUUUGCAGCUGAGGCUCGCGCAACCAUCUUGUCUGGCGCCGGCUUCUGCGCUCUUCGGAAGCUCCUGUGGCACAUACAGCAUAGGUUAUGUGCCGGCAGUUACGUCCGGACCACGGCCGGCUUCUCAGAGCUUCCAGGAGCGCAUCGGUUUCCGUUUCAACUCGGCCGCUGCAUCCCCAGUGCUGGCCCGAAGCAGCACGGACCAUGGCAGCAGUUACGAUAUAAGCAACGCGCCGUCGUCAUUGCCAGCCUUCCCGGACCAUCUGAAGCUUCGAGGACCCUUUGCAUUCGACCGCAAGGACGAUGCAGCGACCCGCCCACCGACCGCCGCCUCUGUCGGCCGCUGGAACAUAUCGCAACGGCCAGGACAGUUGAUGCUCGGCGCACAGCACUACGGGAAAUGGCGCGAGCUCGUCUUCGACUACGACCGCCUCAUGUUUGAGUCCGGCCUGGCUCCUUCGGUAGCAGCAUCUGCCGGCAAUGUACAGCGGUCUGUCGACCGCCCCGAGAAUGCCUCUGACAUGAGCCUCUGGAGUGCUAUUUUUAACUUUGCACAACGGCGAGGCGACAGUGACGGUGCGCUUGUCGUUUGGCACGAGAUUUUUCUGCGACGCCAGCUCUACAAAACAGACGGCGUCGUGGCCAAUGCGUUUUGGAUGUCCGUCGUCGGAGCGGCUCUGGAAUCGCGCGAUGCGAGCUUCCUCGAGAGCACGUGGGCCUACGCCGAGUGGAUGCACGAUACACGCGGCACCCGAUGGCCACACUACUACCGCCUGGUUGUCUCGUCAUUUCUUGACAGUGGCGACUACGACGCUGCUCUGAAGUGGCACCUGCGUCUCAGCCCACAUUUCUCUGUACCAAAGCGGGAUUUCUUUGACCUGCUCAAGUCGUACAUCACCGAUCCUCACCCAGAGCUCCAAGAGACACUUCGAUAUAUCUAUGCGACUAGUCGCCAUCGCUUACUGUACGACACGAUUGUGCCGCUUCUAUGGUCGCACGGCCACUCGGCCCUCGCCCGUGCCUGGCGCGAGACGCUCAUCCUUCACGACGACCUCCCCGCGUCGAGCUCUUCCCGGCCUUUCUUGCAGUUUGUGGCCGGCUACUACCCAGAAACGGAGCUCGCGCCAAAAGAGCAGUUUCUUGUCAACACACAGCCUUCGCAGUACCUUUCGCCCCAGCCGCCGAAGCCCGCGCCGAAAGCGCCGGAUUUGCCGACCAACCUGUUUCAUUUGGUGAACCGUGUCCACGGCGAGACCUUUGGUAUACAGGAAAAGUCGUUCAACGACAAGAUCGGCUCAAAGUGGUUUGCCACCAAAUGGGUGUCAUUGGAUACGGCCAUCAACAUGAUCUACAACCUCGGCAUCGACGAGAUUGGCCCGCUGUCCUUGCAGUCAAUAGCCCUGCGCAGCGGCGACCCGGCGAGCGUUCUGCGGAGUCUGGAGCAUCUCGAGCAGUGCCAUAUCAGCAUUGGCAGCGCCAACUACUCCAAGGCCAUCCGCUACCUCGCAAGAGCGGGCGAUGCGGCGACGCUGAAUGAGCUGCUGCAGUCCUCGCUGCACCCGGCGGUCUUUGACGACAUUGUGCUGCAGCGGUCUGUUCUCGGCUCGGCCAUGUAUACGGGUGACUGGAAGACCCACCGGCUCGUGCUUGCUGUGCGCCUCGCUGUGUCGGAAGAUGCGUUGGAGACAUCGUCAAACAAGCUGCUUAUGGCGUGUGUAACCCAGAAAAAAAAGGGCUCCGUAUUGCGCCUGCUGGACGAGUUCUCCGCCCGUGGCAUGGAGAUCACUCCUGCCACCUGGGAGAGUCUGUCGCAUUUCAUAUUGGAUGAAGCGCCAGCAAAAUUUGAUCCCAACGCACCUCCGGAUGUCGACUUUUAUGCCGCCUUGUGCCGGCGGCUGUUAGCAAUGCGACUGCCCGUGGCAACAGAGGCGUGGCAGAAUAUACUGCUCGUGUACGGGCGACUGGGCCGGCUUGACGACCUCGAGAAGACGGCGCUCGACAUUGUGGAUCAGUAUGUGUCGUUGCAAACAGCAAGGCUGCCGAGAAAGCCGGUGUCCCCGACAGCGUCCUCUGCCCCUCCACCGGCACGACCGCCCUCCACAUCGUCUUCGUCCGUCUUGUCUUCGAUAGACGAAACGUCCGCAUUCAAAGCGAACAUCGCCGACGUUCCCGACAUUGUCCGGGGCGAGACAGAGAAGCUUGUUGACCUCGGCUACCGCCUUCUGCCACGCGAUCUGCCGUGCAACCACCCGCUCCAUCCACUGAGCCUCAUCUUUAACGAAGAGAUUGUCGCAUCGAUGGUUCGGUGGUACUUUCAUCGCAAGACGGCGUAUCGGCAAAAGCAGGGCGCCCGUAAGGUCCGGUUGACCAGACCAAAGCCGGCAGCGCCAAAGGGUACAGGCGACACGGUUGUCUCGCCCAAGAAACCUUAUAUCCCAGCGCCACCAAGCGAUGCCACACCCAGCGACUUUUCUCUCGCUGGUGGCAUCCGCCUGCUCGCCAUGCUGCGCGACCGCGGCGUCGACGUGUCCAAGUCGUGCGUGCGGUCCGAGACGCUGGUGUGCAUUGUCGCCCUGUUCGGACCCGAGGCCAUGUCGACCCGAUACUGGCAGCCGUCGCGCGCCGCGAACCAGCUCAAGCUGGGCGAGGUCAAGGCCUUUUGCGAUGCGGCUUGGGCCAGUGAUGGGCACGACACAGAGAGCCUCGAAGCUGGCCAAAGGACGGACACGCUGCUUCCCAAGUUCCGGGUGCUCAAGCAAGCGCUGGCAGCUGUCAAACCAGUGGCAGCGUCGUUUGCGAGCAAGCUCACGCGGCCGGGCGACAAAAAGAAGGCCUCUCGUGACGCCUUUAUGGAAGUCAUCUCCAAGAAGUCGCCAUCACCGACCGCGUAA